GGAUCGGCCCCCUAAAUAAUGAAUGCCAACGUCAAUCGUUAUCUAUAUGACUACGUGUUUUUCACAGCAUUCGUAUUAGUGCGUUACAACUUUUCAAUUUAACAUCGAUACACCUUCCACGCGCAAUGUGGAAUUCCCACGACCCAUAGAACACAGUAUAUCCGUAUUAAACACACAAAUAUACUACUAUUUAUAAUAAUAAAAGGUGUCCACUGACGAAGUCAGUUUAUCGUACUUGUAAAAAACUGCAUCACGUAGAAUAUUUUACACAUAUGCAAUGUGUCUACCUUUAAAUUUGAUAGUCUUUCAAAUUACAUGUGCAUUCUGAAUUACGAUAAAUUUUUCAAAUUUCGAUUUUUGCCGAACGAUUUUCCGAAGUAUCACGAAGCGAAUGAAGUGGUAUGAAUUAUAGUGAAAAACAUAUGACUAUUGCUUAAUAACGAAAUUCAUAAAAAUUAGAAAAGCUAUUAGAAAUUUGAAAGUAUGAAUUUAAUGUCCAGAGAAGAAAUUAAUAUUAGACGACUCCUGACAAGAUGUGAAUUAAUGGCAAAAGAUGAUCCUCAUAAGGACUGGAAGUUGGAGAAGUAUAUUCUUGCAUUAGAUGAUAUGAUGAAACAAUUACAAACAUUGCCAUGUAAACCAUGUAAAGAUGUUAUGACAGGUUAUAUUAAACGAAUAGAUUUUUUAAAAGGACUAGUAAAUACAACAAAAUUGACUAAUCCUAUGGAUAGAGUAGCAGCUGUACAAAUGCUGUCAAAAAGUCCUGCAACGUUCAAUGAUUUAUUAGGUUCAAAUAUAACAACACAAAUUCAUCAAAAAACUACAGCCAAAUAUAAUCUAGAAUUACGAGCAGAAUUAUUUCAUACUGACAAAGGAUCUUUAGGAGAUGGUGUAAGACAAAGAUUAUCUACUACAAAUAUGCAAGAUGAAGAUUUGGAUUUACUUUUAAAAUAUAAUAGAAAUAUUCAAGAGAAAAUUGCAGAAAAUAUGCUCUCAAUGACUAGCAGUAUGAAAGAACAUGCUUUAGCGGCAAAUGCUAUUAUAAAGAAAGAUGUUGGAUCACUUGAGAAAUCUGACAAAUUGACAGAUGUUAACACAAAUAAAUUAAAAACAGAAUCGUUAAAAUUGAAGGAACACACUAAAUCGUAUUGGAGAUGUUGGAUGUGGGUGAUGAUAGCAUUUGUUUUAGUUGUCUCCUUUAGUAAGGUCAAAGUCAUGCGAGCAUUAUACAAAUACACAGCACAGAAUGCGGAUGAAUUAUCUUUCGAUGAAGGUGAUCUUCUUUAUGUUUAUGAUAAAGAUAUAGAGCCCAAUUGGUGGAGAGCAAAGUGUGGAAAUCGGGAGGGUCUAGUACCAGACAAUUAUGUUGAAGAACAAACUGAAGAAAUUGAGUUACCGUUGCAUGAUGCUGCAAGACGCGGAAACCUUUUACUAUUAAAAGAAUAUAUAAAACAAGGAGUUUCGGGUACAGCUUUAGAUACAGUGGGUAAUACUUCAUUAUAUUGGGCUGCACGUGCUGGUCACAUAGAGUGUGUAAAAGAACUUGUAAACUUACCAAAUCCUAUAGUUAAUACUCAAAAUAAAAUGGGUGAAACUCCAUUACAUGCAGCAGCAAGCCGUGGACAUGUAGAUAUAGUGAAUUUAUUAUUGCAAUACGAUGCAGAUCCAACAAUAGAAAAUAAUGACGGUCUAGUUCCAGAACAACUAACUUCCAAUAUCUCAAUUAAAAAUAUAAUACAAUUAAGUAGACGGCAUUAUGAUAAAACUUAUGGAUAUACAGAAGAUGAUUAUAAUGAUGACAGUGAUUAAAAUAAUAGAUUGUUUGCUCUUAACUAAUUAAUUGUGAUUAUUAUAACCAAAUAAUAUUGUCGUUAAUAUUUAAUUAAUAAUACAGUAGUUAAAUUAGCACUUAAAAUGUAAUUU